CUGAGACCUCGUCUAAUGUUAUGUCGGAGCUUUUGAUACUGUCAGAGAGGGAAGAGGACAUCAAGCAGGAGAAGAUGACCUUGGACCUCCGAUUGAGUCGGCUGCAUAAACUUUUAGAGCAAGCUGUGCUACAGAUAAAUCAGUGCACAGAGAGACGAAAGCAGCUGCAUGAAGAGGAACAGGAAUUGUCACGCCAGAGAUUGUCGUUAUUACGAGAAGCGGCAACACACAAGAAGUCUAGUGCAGAAGAUCUUACCACUGCUGAAUCGGCUGGUAAGUGUGAUUCUGAAGGCCGUCCUCAGAUUUCAAGCACAAGUCAGUCUGUGAUGCAGAAUUCAGACAACCGAUCUCCGGGGCCUUGCAUAUCAUCUGCUCAGACAUCUGUGGCAGGCUCGUCCACAAAUGAAAAUCCACAGGGUGCUUCUUUAUCCAGGGAUGACUGGCUAGCAAAAUUCUCUUCAUACCUUCCCUGUGAUAGAGGUCGAGAAGACAACUCAGCUACAAUAAAAAGCAUCUCUCUAGCUUCCGGCUCCACAAUGAAAGAGAUGUUUCACUGCUCUAGUAUUCCCGUAGCUUCACUUAGCUCAUUGUUACCACCAGAUGCUGUAGCUAAAGAAGGGGGUCCCAAACAGUUCCCAACUGGCGGGACAGAUCAGAGCUCAUCAGAAGGAGCAGCACCACUCAUACUAUUUCCUAAGAAUGUUACUAUGGCUCCUAUUAUGUACUUACGGAGCAUCAGAAGGGCAGAUGCUGCUGUAAGUGAAAAUACACCAGCAGGUUGCCUUAGUGAGUGA